AUGAGCCGUCCGCCGCAAUCGAAGGGCGAGGAGCCGGGCCUGCACCGCCCGCACGCGUCUAUUCCCGCCGUCCCCGUGACGCUCACGCCGCCCACCGAGACGGCCAGGGUGCAGAGGACGACCCCCUUGUGCUUCGAAACCGACGUGGGCCGUGGCACGCUGCCAAGUAUUAGCGAUGCACGGCCGACGAACGCGCCGUCGUUGUCUCGACAGGCGUUUCAUGGGACCAGUGACACAUUGGCGACGUCUGCGAGCUCCACAACACUUGCGGCGAAUGCCACUGCCACGGCGUCAAAGCAAAUGACGUGGGGCCGUCCGAAGCUCAUGCAAAAAGUGGCGGCGCGUCUUGCGAAGGUGGCGGUAGAUCGUCAAUCCAAUGUCUUCCCGCUGUUUCUCAAUGAUCCAGAGACUCAGCAACCAUGCGUGUUGCCAGAGGAGGAGAAGAACUUUUUACCCGAGAAAAGGCUUUUAAUGGCGCCCAACUUGGGCAUUGCCGCCGGGGCAAACGCCAUGGGAGGUUAUUCGCAACGCUUCGCGAUGUCCAGAGAGGAGGCGGCGCGGUGGAUGAAGCGAGAACGCGACUCUAACCGUCUUCUGUUCUCGUGGUGGGAGGCACGGAAUGCGUGCCGCCAAGACGAGGAGGAGAUUGCUGCGGUCGUGGACGAACUGCGAGGCCCGCUCUGGACUUUUUUUCGGCAGACUCUUACAGAGGAGGAGGCGCAGUGUGUCGCGGCGCAGGCGCAGGCGCAGGCGCAGGAUUUGUCGGCGCCAGUCCCGGGGCAGUUAAAGCCAGCGAUGGUAAAGACGAAACCGAAGGUGACUCUGAAUGGCAGGGGGCCCGCGUCUUCGGCGGUUCUCCUUACAAGCUCGGAGCGUGGCAUUUUAAUGUCCUUGGAGCUCUACGAACGAACCUUUCGUCGCGUACUUGGUCGUUUGCAUCGAAAUUUUUUGACGCUGCUGCGGUGUCACACGACGGGCUCGAAUGAGAUCAUUGAACUUCCACUGGAGUCGCUGGCGCAGGGCACCAAAUAUGUCCGUUUCCUCUUAGAGUCCCAGCUGGAGCUGGUUGAGGCUGAGAAGUUGCAGUCCGACGACGAUGGUGCACCAGGACUGUGUUUGCCAGUUGUGUCUAUUCCCGAGGAACGCUGCUUCCGACCGAUGCUCGAGGUCGAAACCGCAUUUGCUGUGACGCUGCUGUGGCGCAUUCUUGAUCAGACGAAAUCCAUUCUGCCUGGCAUGACUUGGGCACUGCAACUUUACACGCGGUAUGUGCUGCCGCAUGUAUAUGAGAAAUUUUCCUUAUUUGAGCAACAGCUACCGAAGGCGGGAGCCAUUGGCGAACAGGUUGAGCAGCUGUACGUCUUGCCCCUCAACCUUGUGCGGCAGCGAGCCAUGAUUGCGUCGAGCAAGCAGGCAAAGGAAGAUGUGCGGUAUAUGGAGGGAUUUUUAAAGAGUUGGGCGUGGCGCACGUGGCGGCGUGGCGUGGUUGGGCAGCGUCGGCGCGAGGUCGCAAUGGAGAUUCUGGAGAAGAGGUUCCGCCGCCUCUACGGCGUAAUCCGUCAGCAGAAGUGCUUUGCCGCGUGGCGCCUCGCCGCGAAGGAGGGACGGUUCGCAGCCCAGCUGGAUGCCAUUGACGCGAGGUACAAUGCGUUUUUUUCGGGUGCGCAGCACGCCGCUCGCGAUAUCCCGCUUUUUCCGGGCAUGGACGAGGGCCUGACAGGCUGCCCCAACACCAUCCUCGACAAGAACCGGUUUGUCGCCCUCAAGCUUGCAGAGACGGCGCAGCACACGAAGGCAAGAAGGAAGUCCGUGUCAAUCAUCGCCUCGGAGUCUGCGGAGUCGCAGGGAGCCGCGACGGCGGCGACAGGCCGCGAGGGAUCCUCCGACCUCCCCAAGCGCAAGGCGAAACCACAGUCUUUUCUCUUGAAGACGGCACUCAAAGAGACUCCACCGUCGGCCCCCGCGCCGGAACCAACGGAGGAGGUCCCGGCAAAACCGUUGGAUCUGGAGGAGGUGGGGCCGCAGGGGGCCACUUUUAUCACCUCCGUCUCGCCCGCAACUGACGAGGAGGCCGCGACCUCCCCCUUGAAUAAGCGCGCCUUCAGCACCUUUGACGUCAUGCUAAAAAAACUGCAGGAGAUGGAAACAAUCAGUGGUUACUUGCGUCAGGAGAUUGCCAUUCAGAAUAGUCUCGUGCAAAAACUCGAGCGUGAGAACAACAGCCUAAAGAGCAAAACACGCGAGCUCGAGGAGAGUCUGUUUAAUUCCGAAGAGCAGCGACUGCAGUAUUCUAACCUUCUACAGGAGCGGGAGUUAGACGUGCGAGAGCUAGAACGGCGCAUCACGCAGCUCAAGUCUCGUUUGCGCUGCCAGCGGCACAGACCGUGGCAGCGCACAGUCAUGCGGGUCGUUGGGGCUAUCUGUGGUGCCUGUACAACCGCCUCCGAGUACGCGGAUGACUGCCGCAUUGCCCGCAAGAUGACGGCGUCUGGGGUGGGUGCCAGCAUUACCAGCGGGCCUCCCCAGUUGGGGGAGACAGCGGCGGCGUCGGCUUCCUACGGGCCACGCGCAGACGCAGGUGCGUCGGCGUCGGGAACGCAGAGCUCAGACGGCGCGGAAUAUAACGAUGGACAAAGGAGCCUCAGCGGCUCGGUGACACAUCUUCCUGUGGACACCACCACAGACGAGGAACGACUGUUUGGAAAGCUUGCACCGCUUGUCAUUGUUUCCACGCGUGAUAUGCCCGACGCACAGAACAUCCUGCGUGACUGGGCAAACGGGUGCCUAGAGGAUUUGGAGUCCCUCGACGACCUGAAGGGGGGCGCCCUUUCGAGUCGAUUUCAUCAGUUUUCAGAUGAGGUGCGCAACGGGGUGCUAUUCAGUCGACUGCUCUUUUACUUGGCGUUGCCACGGUACCAAAACAAAACGGCUGUCGCGCCUCACGCAGGCGACGAACUCAAAAACAAGGCAUCCAUGCACAUGGACUUCACAGAUAACCGACGGCAUCUGCUGAUGCAGCAGAACGUUCAGCUGGAGAGCCCGUUUCCGACCUACUCGGAGUGCUUUGGUGAUCUGCUUAAUCUUAAGCCAUCGGGGCGUAUGGCGCUGCUACUGCAGUUUGCAACAGAACUCAUGGAGGGGGCAGUGCAGCUUGGGGACGAGUAUAUUAAAAAACGCAUGCUUGUGCUUCGCGAGGCCGCAAUGAAGGCGACGGAGAUGACACCGCUGCCGCCCGCCGAUCGUGUGGAAUUGCUAGAAAUCGUUGACCCCUACGCCUUAUCUCGGGGGGAUCGCAGUGCGACACUCACCUUCAUUGCACUCCUCUACGUGCGUUUCGCGCAUCCCUUCAACCACAAGGCACGACAGAGUGCGUUGAUUGAGCGAGAGGCGAUGCUGUACCUCCUCAGCGGCGGGGCCUAUUCGCGACAAGAUCAGAACAGUAUUGCCGAGGCCUCUAAGGAAGCCGCGCCAACCGAGAAACCGCCGGCAGAAGAUGGGGAAGUCUCCAUCGCACGAAGGUUUCUCGCAGAGCUGGAGGAAGAGGAUCGCACGCCAUGGCAGCUUUUUAUGAGUUACUGCAGGCCCCUAAUUAACACUAUGGCGCAUCCUUUUAUCUUGCGUGGGAACUUUUGGCCAAACGUGGCGUUUGACUCACCGGAACUGGCUCGCAUACUUGGCUCCCUCGGUCUCGCGCUUCAUCGCUCGCUAGAAGCGCACCGGUGGCAUAUUACUAUUUCCUGUCUUGUGCCAGUACAAACGUAUAGUGGACUGAGUCGUGGUGUUUUUACCGGGCGCCGUGCGUCGGCUAUAGCCUUGCAGGUCGGGUUGGAGCGCGACGGUGAUUGGGCGUUUGCAAUGGAGCUUCCAUGCAUCCAGAAUAUGUUUCAGCAGCGAGGGUUGGCGGUACGUAAGGCCAUAAGUGCAGGGACUCUGGUAAAAAGCACUGCGGAGAUCAGCGACGAAUGGAACAACGAGAGUGAAUUUAUCAAGCUUGAUAAAUCGCGGUUGUUGUCCGUCUUUGGCAGAUGCAGUCAUGACCUUCUACAGCUUUUCUUGCAGCGCGGCAGUCUUGCAGAGUCGUGUGCGAUGCCGGCCCUGGAUCUUGGCAGUUGGCGCCUGCUUUGGUUGGACCUUGGCCUCGUGAACCCGGAGAAUACGGAAAGCUCAUUGCUCGACCUGGAACAGGUAACAAGAAUCUUCUGCCUUGUCACGGCGGAAGUUGCGGAUCCUCGGAGGGAGAGCCGGGCCUCCGACACCUUUGUUGAGUUGGUGGGCCGGCAGCAGCUGCCGCCGAUUGCAGCUGCGUUGUACUUCCCUGAAUUCCUUGCGGCAGUGGUGCUCCUUGCACAUGAAGCGUUCCCACUGCUGGGGGAAGCGGGAAACCCGCAGGCGGGCGGUGUGGUGUGGCUUGCAGACGCCCUCACAAAGCUUGUCUUUCAGCAUAUAGCGCCUAUCCUCUUGACCAAUGCCGCGGAGGACCCAUCCAACGUCAUGCGGAGCCUCCGGGCCAAUGUGAAGACGCAGCAGGUUCUCAUACGGCAGAACAAGGCUCUGCUGGUGCUUUUUAACUCGUACUGCAAGGAGGUCUGUGGGGUGUCAGGAAUGGAGCGGGAACAACUGCUGCAGAUGCUGCGGGAUGCAAUGUUGACAAGCACAGACAUCUCACAAAAUUUGAUCUAUGAACUUUUUAUGCCCUUCAGUGUCACUAAGAAAAGCGUUGAAACCGCUAAAGAGGAAAAGCGGCGCGAGCAAGAUGCCCGCCCACGUGAUAUGCCGGUACAACGCCGCCGUGCCAACGUCAGCAUCGUGGAUCCUGCCCCGGAUGUUCAGUUGCCAACAGGAAGAUCAAAGGAAGCCACUGUGCUUCUUUACGACGGGUUCAUCGAAUUUUUAUGCGUGCUGUGCCACUUCAAACAGCCAAAUCCACUGAUACCGUUUGAUCAACGCCUGGAAACGUUCUUGCGGCGCGGCCUCUUGCGUCCUCUGGCACAGCGCAAUGACGCCUUGUCUGCCAUUUUAUCAGUAGAGAAGACGAAUCCAAGGCAGGAUGCGUAA